UCUACGGGGUUAUGGGCUCCGUUUCCGCGAGCUAUGAGGAGAACAGCGGAACGUGUUCGGAAUCCGCCAUGGAUGCAGUGACCUAUGAGGAUGUGCAUGUGAACUUCACUCAUGAAGAGUGGGCUUUGCUGGAUCCUUCCCAGAAGAGUCUCUACAAAGAUGUGAUGCUGGAAACCUACUUGAACCUCACUUCUAUAGGUUACAAAUGGGAAGAUCACAGUAUUGAAGAACAUUGUCAAAGUUCUAGAAGACAUGGAAGGUAUAUCAAUCGUCCCUCUGGAUAUAAGCCAUGUGAGCAUAAGCGAUAUGGAAAGAAGCAAUAUACCUCUGUUUCUUCCAGAAUAAUUAGAAGAUAUGUUGUAGUCACUACUAUGGGAAGACAUAAUGACUGUGAUACAAGUUUACACUCUUACAUUGGAGAAAAGCCUUAUAAGUACAAGGAAUGUGCAAAUUCAUCUGUCUGUACUGGUUCAGUUUGCAUAUGUAGUGUGAUUCGUAGUAUAAAAAAAAGUCAACUGUAUAAUCAGUGUGGUAAAACUCUGAGUUCUUCCAGUUCUUUUCAACGACUUGAGGAAACUCAUAUGGGAAGAGGAAGUAAUAAGUGUGAGUUUUGUACUAAAGAUUUUAGCCAUCACAAUUUUCUUCAAACACACAAAACAACCACUAAUGGAAAUCUCUAUGAAUGUAAUCAACAUGAUAAAGCCUUUAGAUAUGAUUCUUCUUUAAAAGUACACCAAAGAACUCAUUUGGAAGGAAAAUCCUAUGAAUAUAAUCAAAGUGAUAAAGUGUCUGCAUGUCAAAGUAUUUAUCAACUACAUAGAAUUCAUACUAGAGUGAACAAGUAUGCAUAUCAGCAAUGUGAUAAAGACUUUGCAGGUCCCAGUUAUCUUCAUAUAUAUAAAAGAAUUCAUACUGGAGAGAAACCCUAUGAAUGUAAUCAGUGUGGUAAAGCCUUUGUGAAGAAGAGUCAUCUGUGUAUGCAUGAAAGAAUUCAUACUGGAGAGAAACACUAUGAAUGUGAUCAAUGUGGUAAAGCCUUUGUACAGAAGAAUAGUCUUCAAAGGCAUGAAAGAAUUCAUACUGGAGAGAAACCCUAUGAAUGUACUCAGUGUGAUAAAACCUUUGCUUGUCCCAGUUAUCUUCAAAUACAUAAGAAAAUUCAUACUGGAGAAAAACCCUAUGAAUGUAAUCAAUGUGGUAAAGCCUUUGCAAGGAAGAGUCAUCUUCUCCGUCAUGAAAGAAUUCAUACUGGAGAGAAACCCUAUGAAUGUAAUCAAUGUGGUAAAGCCUUUGCAACGAAGACUCACCUUCUCCGUCAUAAAAAAAUUCAUACUGGAGAGAAACCCUAUGAAUGUAAUCAAUGUGGUAAAGCCUUUGUACAGAAGAGUCAUCUUCUCACACAUGAAAGAGUUCAUACUGGGUAGAAACCUAAUGAAUGUAAUCAAUGUGGUAAAGCCUUUGUACAGAAGAGUCAUCUUCAAAUGCAUGAAAGAGUUCAUACUGGGGAGAAACCUAAUGAAUGUAAUUAAUGUGGUAUAGGUUCUUCAUCUUGCAGUAGUCUUCAAAAGCAUGAAAGGUUUUAUACUGGAGAGAAACUCUAUGAAUGUCAUCAAUGUGAUAAAGCAUUGCACAUGAAAGUCAUCUUCACAGGCGUAGAUGUCAUACUGGAGAGAAACCAUAUGGAUAUGAUCAGUGUUAUAGGGACUUCCCAUGUAACAGUCACCUUCAAAUGAAAGAAAGGACUCCUACUGGGGACAAACCUUAUAAAUGUAAUAAAUGUGGUAAAGACUUUUCACAGUCAUGAAAGAAAUCAUACUCAACAAAAGCCCUAUGAAUAUAACCAGUGUGGUAAAAUGUUUCAUGUUUCAGUAUACUUCAAAAUCAUGAAAAAAUUUCACACUGGUGAAAAUCUCCAUGAACCUAAUAAAUGAGGUCAAGCCUUGUGGUCCACAUACUUUUUUUUUUUCCCACUGAGCAUUCUUAACCAGUCUUCAGUAAGAUUAGUAGAGCCAAUUCACAGUUAAAAUACUGUCUCUAUUUCCAGUUGUAAAUAUACUGUUUUCCAGGAAUACAGAAACAUAAUAAUUUGAAUAAUAAAAUGUAUUUGCAAAUAUAUGUGAUAAUUAUACCAUCAUCCAUUAUUUUGUGAUCAUGUUAC